AUGCUCAAAAGCUCCAACAAGGCAAGGGAGAUUGGGCGCAACGUCCGCACUGCACUCGGAAAAAACAGCAAAGGUCUGGCAACCUCCCUCCAACGACCACACCCAACUGGCGACGGCAUGGAAAUCUGCGAUACUCAGACAAGUUUGGUUGAUGCAAGUAUUGAUGAAGCCACCGCACGCUUCACCCGAGCAACUGACAUUUCCCCAUUCAUGACAGACCCCCUCCUGUCGGAAGUGGGACCAAUGGCAGAACUCCCAGGAGCUGACGUAAUUUUAGCAGGCACCUUUGAAUGCCCCCCCGAAACUGAUCAAUACACCCAACUUCUCAUUCAGCACCUAGCCACACCUCCUGAAGUCAUGGCGGCUGGAGACAUCCCUCUGGAUAUCCCACUCAAGGAACACCAGCGGGCAUGGAAACAGCAGAAUCACCACACAGCAGCUGAUCCACGAAACCUGAGCUUCGCACAUCACAAAGCAGGGGCCCACGACAAGAGCAUCAGCCAAGUUGACACCACCAUCCGGUCAGCCCCAAUCCAAGCAGGAUUCAGCCCCCCUUCUUGGGAGUUCAUGUCAGAUUGUUCUAUUCCCAAAAAGGCCAACAACCUCUUAGCUUCAGCUAUGAGAAUCAUAGUUCUCAUGGCGGCCCUCUUCAACAUGAACAAUAAGAUGAUCGGCAAGAGGGUGAUGGAAAGAAUGGAGGAUCUCAGACUCAUGGUCCAGGAACAAGCGGGGGGCCGAAAAAAUCACCAGUCUGCUCACCAAGCCCUGAAUAAGGUUUUGAGUAGUGACAUCCUCCGGUUCAAUCGACAGGCGGGCUUCUUUUGCUGUAACGAUGCCAUCCAAUGCUACGAUAGAAUAGCUCACCCUGUGGCUAUUCUGGCACUCAGACGACUAGGAGUUCCAGCGUCCGCAACGGAAUCAAUGUUUGGCGUUCUACAGAGGGCGAAACACUCUGUCCUGACCUGA